AUGGAGAAUUUUCUGUUUGCCAAAAAUAAUUUUGAAUUCGUCGAUGGUACAAUUCAGAAACCAGAAAAGGGAACGAAAGAAUACAUGCCUUGGAUGCGAUGUGACGCUAUGAUAAAAGGCUGGCUUACCACUGCAACGGAGAAGAGCAUACGCGAUAGUGUGAAAUAUGCGAACACGGCUGCAGAAAUCUGGGAUGAUCUUCAUGAACGCUUUGGAAAGGAGAGUUUGCCAAGGGCAUAUGAGUUGAAACAGAAGAUUGCAGCCACGCGUCAAGAUGGUAACUCUGUUUCAGUUUAUUACACAAAAUUGCAUACACUGUGGGAUGAGAUGUCCUCAAUUCUUCCUUUUCCAAAAUGUUCUUGUAACCAUUGCACCUGUGAAAUUGGUAAACGAUUAGUUGAAUUCCAAGAAAAGGAACGUUUAUACCAGUUUCUGAUGGGUUUGGAUUUUCAAUUUUCGGUAAUUAAAACAUAG